AUGCCGUGUCUCUGCCCACGCUGUGUCUCUGUGCCCACAAAAUCUCUCUGUACCCACAGGCUUGUUUACAAGUGGUUCCUGCUGCUCUACAAGCUGAGUUACGGUACAGGGAUCCUGGGCUAUGCUGCCGUCAUGUUCACACUGUUUGGUCUCAACUUCUUAUUUAGAAUAAAGCCAGAGGAAGCCAUGGACUUUGGGGUGUCGCUACUGUUUUACGGGCUGUAUUAUGGGGUGCUUGGCCGCGACUUCGCCGAGAUGUGCGCUGACUUCAUGGCCUCCACUGUGGGGUAUUAUAAUGCCUCAGGGAUCCCGACGAAACACCUGUCUGACGAGAUUUGUGCCGUCUGUGGUCAGAAAAUCUUUGUGGAUGUCAAUGAGGAGGGCAUCAUAGAGAAUACCUACAGGCUGUCCUGUAACCAUGUAUUCCAUGAGUUCUGUAUCCGCGGAUGGUGUAUUGUGGGGAAGAAGCAAACGUGUCCGUACUGUAAGGAGAAGGUGGACCUGAAGAGAAUGUUCAGCAAUCCGUAUCCUUCCGCCCCGACUAACCCCCCUCCUCCGCACAGCGUAUCCUUCCUCACCGACUAACCCCCCUCCUCCGCACAGCGUAUCCUUCCUCACCGACUAACCCCCCUCCUCCGCACAGCGUAUCCUUCCUCACCGACUAACCCCCCUCCUCCGCACAGCGUAUCCUUCCUCACCGACUAACCCCCCUACUCCGCACAGCGUAUCCUUC